UGAAGGAUAUAUCAUUUCUGUUUUGAUCUUGGAUUUUGGUAUUAGGAAAUUUCAUAUCAAACCUCUCUCUCUCUGGGUAGGUGGUGUCUGUGUGCGUGCUCACACAGAGCGACCCGAACCCGACUCCGAAACCCAUACCCAGUUAGUUCCUCCCUCUAUCUCUCUCUUCACGCACUCACCCACUCUCCUCUUCGAUUUCGCGGCCGAUCGCUCUACGGCGUCUCCGCCUUCGUCUCCGGCUACAAGUUCCAAUUAAUUCCCUCGCAUUUUCAUUCAUCUACUAUUUUCUUGCUCUGUUACAAGCGUAUGCAUGUGAAUCAAUCGGAUAGAUUAAGAGGAUGGGGAACAAGAAAAGAAAUCUUGCGGCGCGUCCUAAACAAUCGCCGGCGGCUUCACCGGCGGCGGUGACUAAGCAAGUCGUCGACGGAGCCGCCGGAACCGCUGAUGGUCUAAGUUCAGAUGAACUGGAGCCUAGCCUGAGUCCCGAUACCCCCAAUCCUGCUGCUGAGAGUAAGAUCCUAUCGCUGAAGUCGAUUGAAUCGGACGCUUCUUCUGAAGCUAAUGUCAAACUCGAUUGCGACCGAGCCCUUAUGGCGCUUCGGCGCGGGAACCAUACCAAGGCUCUGAAGUUGGCGAAGGAGUUAUGUCAGCGGUACGAAAAGUCGCCUCAUUUGGCUAUUGUUUACAGAAUUCAAAGUACUGUAUGUAGCAAGGUGGCCUCUCUUAUCGAAGACCAAAACGUCAAGUACCGGCAUUUGAGGCGCGCAAUUGACUCGGCUCGUAGAGCAGUGGAGUUGUCGUCGAACUCGAUCGAGUUCGGGCAUUUCUACGCGAACUUGCUGUUUGAAUCAGCCAAUGAAGCGAAGGAGUAUGAGGAGGUCGUGCGGGAAUGUGAGCGUUUGCUGGCAAUUGAAAACCCUGUCGAUCCUGCUACGGAGAGCUCACAGGAGGAGAGCCAGCAAAAGCUAUCAACGCCAGAAGCUCGAAUUGGUAAUGUGCAGAAUGAGAUAAGACAGCUGAUCCAAAAGGCUAAUAUUGCCUCGAUAUCGUCCUGGAUGAAGAAUUUGGGAAACGGGGAUGACAAGUUUCGGCUGAUUCCAUUAAGGAGGAUCACGGAGGAUCCAAUGGAGGGGAGGUUGCCUCCAACUAGGAGGCCCAAUGAGAUUAAGAAGGCCACCAAGACACAAGAAGAGCGAAGGAAGGAGAUUGAAGUUAGAGUUGCUGCAGCUAGGUUGUUGCAGCAGAAGUCUGAGGUGCCCCAGUUGGAAAAUGAGGGCGACAAGACUGAUAAGGGAUUGGAUUCACUUUCAGCAUCUGGUCAGAGAGCUGGUGACCGGCGGAAGUCUAGCAAUACAAGGAAAAGUCAAUCUUGUGCGGAAAACAGGGAUUUUGUGAGGUCAUUUUGGAAUUCCAUUAGUGUUGAUAAGAAGAGAGACUUACUUAAAAUUGGGGUUUCUGAUCUUAAAUCCCAUUUCGCUUGGUUGAAGGAUGGCUUGGCAAAUGAAGUUUUAUUAGAAGCCUUGUCUUUUGCUGAGACUAAUAGUGGUAGGAAGUGGAGAUUCUUGGUUUGCUGCAGGUGUAACGAGAGAUUUGCGGAUUCUGAUUCUCACUUGCGUCACAUUACGGAAGAACACAUGGCAAGACUUUUGCCUAAAAUGAAGUCAAUGUUGCCUGAAGAGGUUAAUAGUGAAUGGACUAUGAUGCUUCUUAAUUGUGCUUGGAAGCCCGUGGAUGUGUCAGCUGUAGUUAAAAUGGUUCGAAAUCAAACAAAAUGUAAAGAUUCUGAAUUUGUCGAGGAUUGCACUUUGGGGAAAAAUAUGGGGGAUUGUGACGACAAACUUCCCAACAUACAGCCUGGACAAUGUCAUGAGGACAAUGGCUCUAUGGCUUACUGUUCUGUUGCUGAUAGCUGGCCUGUAUCUGAUGACUCUGAGUGUUUAAAGCUUCUUGAGAGAAUAUCUGCUGCAUUUGAGGUGCUUGUCAGGAAUAAAUGUCUUGCAACAAGCCAUGUUAACUGGGUGAUACAAAUUGCGUUUGAUGAAUUACAGAAUAUGAAUUUAGGAUUCCAGCUUCUUAACAAUGAGGUGAUGCAAACACCUAUGUGCAUUUGCUUUUUGGGAGUCUCCGAGCUUCAGAAAAUCCUCAAUCUCUUACAGGAUUUAUCUCAUUCUUGUGGUUUAGGUAGAAAUUCUGAUAAAAGUAUUAGUAUCAUGGAUGAUGCUAAUAAUGCUAGCCAAAGUCUAGAGAUUAAGGAGUUACUUGUUCUCAGUGCAGAUGCAUUAUUUGUACUUCUUGAUGAAUGUUUGUUAUCAGAUGAAUCCCCUCAUAUUAGCAGUCAUCGUGAUGCCACAGGCAAGGCUGGAGCUGUUGCUUCUGCAGUGGUCAGCAAUGUGAAUAAUAAUGAUUCCAGUGCUUUUCUGUCCUGGAUAUAUGCAGGUCCAACUAGUGGAGAAGAAUUAGCAUCAUGGAUGCGUGUAAAAGAAGAAAAAGCAAGUGAAGGAAUGGAAAUACUCCAGAUGAUUGAGAAGGAGUUUUAUCAAUUACAGAGCCUCUGUGAGCAAAAAUGUGAGCAUUUAAACUACGAAGAAGCGUUACAAGCAGUAGAAAAGCUCUGUGUUGAAGAAAAUAGGAAGAGGAAAGAAUCCAGAGACUAUGUCCAUCAAAGUUUUGAUUCUAUUCUGAAGCAGCGGAGAGAGGAGUUGGAGAGUGACAAUGAUGGGACGACAGUCAGAAGUCGAUUUGAGUUAGAUGCUGUAUUAAACAUUAUAAAAGAAGCAGAAGCUCCGAAUGUCAAUCAAUUUGGUUAUGAGGAAACAUAUUGUGGUUUGACGUCUCAGUUAUGUGAUUUGGAAUCUGGUGAAGACUAUAUGCUUCGAGUGGAGACUUGUAUAGAAGCUUCAAUCCGAAGACACAAAGAACAUAUACAAGUGGAGCUUAGCAAAACUGAUGCAAAGUUAAUGCGAAAUGUUAAUGUCUUGGAGCAGUUGAAACUUAAGCUUGGCUCUAUUGCUGUCCAUGAUUAUCAUUCAAUAUUGCUGCCUCUUGUGAAGUCAUACCUGAGGGCACAUUUGGAGAGAUUAGCUCAGAAGGAUGCCACAGACAAGUCUGAUGCUGCAAGAGAAGCAUUUUUAGCAGAACUUGCUCUUGAUGACUCUAAGAAGGUUGUCAGGGGGGGAAGUGAUAAUUCGAGACAUGCUCAGGAGAAAACAAAGGAUAAGAAAAAGAACAAGGAAUCUAGGAAAGCCAAAUAUUCAAAGGUUACUGGUGUUUCUGAGCCACAGAAACAUGAUGAUGAGAUUGAUGACCCAGUUUCCUUACCAGUUGCAUAUGAUGCCGAUCAUCCAGAUUCUGAGAUCAUUGUUUCUGUGGAUGGUGAUAAAAUACAGCAACAGGAAGAGGAACUCAGGCGAAGAAUUGAACUUGAAGCAGAGGAAAGAAAGCUUGAAGAAACUUUGGAGUUCCAAAGACGAAUGGAGAAUGAAGCUAAACAGAAGCACCUUGCUGAGCAACAUAAAAAAGCAACACAAACAUAUCAUGAGAACGUGGCAGAGGGGAUGCAUGAUGCAAGCUUGAAAUUUGAUUCUGUUGAUUUAGAUGCAAGUGAGCAAUUUAAACCUUCAACGCUGGAGCACUUGGCAAGCAAGUCAGAGGAAAUCCUCGCGCCUCACCAUUCUGCACUGCCUAUCAACUAUUCUGCCACUCCCUGUACUCAAAUUAGCAGAGAUAAUCAGGCCAAAAUUGUACAAGCAGGCCUUCCUAAUGAAGGAAUUACCGAGGAUGGUUUUGUGCCUUCUGAACGACGAUCUGGAAGAAGCAGAAGAAAGCAAAAGAGUUCUGUCAAAGCUCCUGUUGGAAAGCAUCAAUCCUUGUCAUCGCCAAGGGAAAGUGUUGAAGUUGGGAGUUCACUUACUGAGGGUGGUUUAAUAGAAGUCCAUAGUAGCAGCAUUAAGUCUGUAUUGGGAGACGAUGAGGGUAAAUCAUUAAGACACGUACAAGCAGAAGACGAUGAUGAAGAAAGGUUCCAAGCUGACCUAAAAAAGGCUGUGCGCCAAAGCCUUGACACAUUUGAAGCACAGAAAAAGCUGCCCUCUGUUUCUAGUUUGAAGAUGCUGCAAAUGGCUUCUGGAGAAGUAGAUAGUGGGAGUGGUGCAUCCAAUGAUGACCAAGUGGAUAAUAUGAUCAAAGAUAAUAAAGUUGGUGCAGGAUUGAAAAAUGAAGUUGGUGAAUACAAUUGCUUUCUGAAUGUAAUUAUACAGUCAUUAUGGCACAUUAGACGGUUUCGAGAUGAAUUCCUGCAGAAGGCAACAUCAGAGCAUGUUCAUAUGGGUGAUCCAUGUGUUGUCUGUGCACUAUAUGAAAUUUUCUCUGCCUUGAGUAUUGCAUCUAUUGAUUCAUGGAAAGAAGCAGUCGCUCCUACUUCUUUGAGAAUAGCUUUGAGCAACCUAUAUCCAGAUAGUAAUUUCUUCCAAGAGGCUCAGAUGAAUGAUGCUUCUGAAGUAUUGGGAGUAAUAUUUGACUGCCUUCACCGGUCAUUUACUCCUGGUUCAAGCAUUUCUGAUACUGAAUCAGUGGCAAGUAGCUGCAUGGGGUCUUGGGAUUGUGCAAGCAAUACUUGUAUUGUGCAUUCCAUUUUUGGAAUGGACAUUUUCGAACGUAUGAAUUGCUACAAUUGUGGACUGGAGUCUAGGCAUCUCAAGUACACCUCUUUCUUUCACAAUAUAAAUGCCAGUGCUCUCCGGACAAUGAAGGUCAUGUGUGCUGAAAGUUCUUUCCAUGAGCUUUUAAAUUUUGUUGAGUUGAAUCAUCAGUUGGCAUGUGAUCCUGAGGCUGGAGGCUGUGGGAAGCUUAACUACAUCCACCACAUUCUCUCAUCUCCACCACAUGUUUUCACUACGGUUCUUGGAUGGCAAAACACUUCUGAGAGUGUUGAUGAUAUAAGAGCAACAUUAUCGGCUUUUAAUACUGAGAUAGAUAUCAGUGCCAUUUAUCGUGGUCUAGAUCCAAAGAACACACAUGGCUUGGUUUCUGUGGUUUGCUAUUAUGGGCAACACUAUCGUUGCUAUGCGUACAGUCACGAUCAUGGACAGUGGAUUAUGUAUGAUGAUAAAACUGUCGAGGUAAUUGGUAGCUGGGAUGGUGUUCUUGAUUCGUGUGAAAGAGGGCAUUGGCAACCUCAACUCCUUCUAUUUGAAGCUGUUAACUAGAAUUUUUGCAGAACCCAUCACAUUUUUGCUUUGAGGUUGUAUGUGUAAGUGCAUCUGUUUGAAGUCCUCAAAGUUCUGCUGACACUGAUUUUUAUGUGGUAAUACUUGCAAGCUGGUUCCAGUUUUAGAUGAAAAUGUUUCAAUAGAAAAUCCAGAGCGGUGUAAAGUUUUUGAUAAUGGGAUAAGGCCAAACAAAUUUGUUGGAGCAACCGAUCCCCAGGGAAUAAUCAUGUCUCAAAGAAGAGCCUUUAAGCAUUUGACACAGUUGCAGCAGCAGCUAUUAUUAAAAGCAUGCAUAAUUGGGGGUAAAGGUCUCUUGAAUUUUAAUUACCUUUUAUUUCUUGGACAUCUACAAUAAGAUGGCUUUUUUAAUGGAGGGCUUAGUAGAAGGUUCUGUGGCUUUGAAAGAACAUUGUUAGCCACUUACGGUCGAAGGUCGAAGCAUAUAUAGCAUGUAGCUUGUAACAGCAGCAGGGGAAUAUAGUUUUUAGAUUGAGAAAUAUUUGUUUAGCUGUUUCGAAUUCCCCGAAAAUUUUUGAAAGAGGUUUUGUACAGAUCACAGUAUAGCCCAUGGCUUGUUGAGUCUUCAACUGUAGGAUAUACAGUGAAUUUCUUUUAUCUUUCUUGGUCAUUUUGAUGCCAAUCCCCUAAAGUUGACAAACUGUUAUGCUACUAAAAAUUUGUUCGUAAUGCCAUAAAUUUUCUUUUCAA